CGGUGUGCCAUAUGGUGAACCUAAACCUGAGGUCAGAGCUGGACACACAGAAGCAGAAGUGAAGGAGCUGCCCCAUCCAUGGCCAACUCCACCCCCAAGCUUCAUGUGCUGUGACAGAGAAGUUAGGGGACCAGAAAGACUGUAGACAACUACCAUGGAGGACACCCAGCAGAAACCUGCUGCCCCAGAGCCAAGCCCUGCGCCCAGUCCAGCACCCAGUCCAGUGCCCAGCCCGGUACCCAGCCCACUGCUGGAUAGAAUUGUAUUGCCUGCAGGAAACCAUGUGGAGCACCUAAAUGUGAACCAAAUCCAGGUGGUGGUGCGGCGCUGCUCAACUCCAAAUGUAACAGAGGAGACCACCUAUUUUAUUCCUCGCAACCCUGUGGUGGACGCUGGCACCAACACAGACCCACCAGUGGUCUGUUGUCCUCUGCUCCGCAGAUUUUGCCCGUGUCCACCAAGAGGGCUUUUCGCCUCUUUAAUUACCAAAGUCCUUUUGGCAGCUGUGCUCUUUGGGGUGGUUUGGUCUAUCACAGAAGAACAAUGUCUUCCAGGAGGAAACCUGUUCGGCAUCACAGUACUUUUCAUCAGUGCACUCAUCGGUGGCAAAUUGGUGGCACUCAUCCGGCUGCCCAAACUUCCUCCAUUCCCCCCACUCCUCGGGAUGCUGCUGAUGGGUUUCAUGCUGAGGAACAUCCCAGUAGUAACAGAUGGAGUUUACAUUGACUUCAAAUGGUCUGCUUCACUGAGGAACAUUGCUCUGGCUGUCAUCCUGGCCAGAGCUGGCCUGGGUUUGGAUCCCACGGCCCUGAGGAAACUAAAAGCAGUGUGUCUACGUGUGGCCACUGGGCCCUGCUUGGUAGAGGCCUCUACCAUAGCUCUGGUCUCCCACUUCCUCAUGCAGUUGCCCUGGGUGUGGGGCUUCAUCCUUGGGUUCGUGCUGGGCGCCGUGUCUCCGGCGGUGGUGGUUCCCUCCAUGCUGCUGCUGCAGAAGGACGGCUACGGCGUGGAGCAGGGGAUCCCCACCCUGCUGAUGGCCGCGGGCAGCUUCGACGACAUCCUGGCCAUCACGGGCUUCACCACAUGCUUGGGCAUGGCCUUCUCCACAGGUUCCACUUGGUACAAUCUCCUGAGAGGUGUACUGGAGGUGGGUGGAGGGAUGGUGGCUGGGAUUCUCCUUGGCUUCCUCAUCCAGUACUUCCCCAGCGUUGACCAGAAACACUUGGUGAUGAAGCGCUCCUUCCUGGUGCUGGGGCUGUCCGUGUUUGCCGUGUUUGGCAGUGGCGUGGCCGGCUUCCCUGGGUCUGGAGGCCUCUGCACCCUGGUGUUGGCGUUCCUGGCUGGCCUUGGCUGGGGGGCGGAAAAGGCGCGUGUGGAGGAAGUGGUGGGCUGGGCGUGGGACGUGUUUCAGCCUCUUCUCUUCGGACUGAUAGGAGCCGAGAUUCGAGUCUCUGAGCUGGAGGGACACACAGUCGGUCUGGGUAUAGCGUCUCUGCUCAUUGCUCUGCUGGUUAGGCUGCUCUUCACCUUUGUCUGCGUGUUGUGCGCAGGCUUUAACAUGAAGGAAAAGAUCUUCAUAGCCCUGGCAUGGAUGCCCAAAGCGACGGUGCAGGCAGCUAUAGGCUCCACGGCUUUGGACAUGGCCAGAACUAAGGAUGACAAGCACCUGCAGAAGUACGGCAUGGACGUGCUGACUGUGGCCGUGCUUGCCAUCCUUCUCACGGCCCCCGUAGGGGCUGUUAUUAUAGGGCUCGCUGGACCUUGGCUGCUGCAGAAACCCAAGAACUGUGGUGAGCGAGUCAAACCCAAUUUAUCAGCUUUUUUCUUAGGCACUGGGGCGGGAGGUGAAGAUGACAAUGAAACUCCCGUCACGUACGAAAGUACGCUCUGAUGUCAUCAUCCAGUGGGACGGGACGUUUAGACUCCUCAGAUAUUUGAGCUUUUCUUUGGCCACCGAGUGGCUCUCUUUGUGUCUCAGUUGGUCAAGGACGCACAAAAUCACUAUAUUUAUAGCCUCUGGUGGUUUCCAGGCCUCAUGUUCCAAACAAAUGACCUAUAUCACACUGUCUGCACUGUCAUGCUGUAUGAACAGAAAACAAGUCUAUAUUUAAUCCGAUAUAUUAGCGUGAGGCAUACAAACGGUUUACAUUUCUGUAAAGGGGUAUAAUGUUCAUGCUCACUGAAUCCAUUUUUAUGGCUAGAUUACUCUUAUGACUUGACGACGUAAUGCUGUACUUCAUUAUAUGCAGUUUUCUGUGUAAUUUAAGACACGGGUAGCGGUGACAUAUUUUAUUGUUUUUAAUUAGACUAAAUAAAAGACACACAUUUAGCUCUUGAGAUGUCUGAUGUCGACUUUUAACGCUGUGUAUUUUUGUUUCUAUUGUAUUUGCAUAUAAAUUAGCAGUGCGUCUUGGUGACCGGAGAACGGUUUGUGUAGUUUAUAAAGACUCAGGGGAACCAUCCCCAAUAGUUGGGGUUAAACACAGAGACUACUGCCAGCUGCUUCAGUGUCAUCCACGCUCACCUACAACAUUCACAACAUUCAUGGAAACCUAACCUUUAAGAAUUUGAUUACAAAUGAAAGUUUGUUUUUUUGCAAUUGUCACAUAUUUGUCUUCUUUCUUUUUUUUUAUUACUUCAAACGUAUGCAGUGUAAUUUGAAAUGUUUUGGAUUUGUUUGAAUUUAUAUGAACUCUUUUUGAAUGUUGUGUGUUAGCAAGUAUUUAUCAUGAAUUUGCAGACUUGAGCAUUAGUUUUUUACCGAAUACUCUUUGAACAAUAAAUGAUGAAAUACUCAAA